AGUCACGCCCAUCUCUAAGGUGUAGCUUGCAGUUAGACAUGAGCGAUAACGAUUAUCGUUUUGGUUUUGGCAAAGAUAAAAUUAAAGUAAAUAAAUUGAAACACGAUGGCUUGUGGCGACUAAAUCUGAGUAAUAACAACAAUCUUGUGGAGUGCAACUCGUCGCAUAAUUGUGUCAGCCCUGAUGGCGAGGAGCAGGCAAAACUUCAAAGGACAAUGGCAAAAGUGAAACAGAAACAGACAACAACAACAGCACCAGCAGCUGCCACACCAACAAUAACGACAGCGGCAGCAGCAACAACAACAACACAAACGCCAAUAUCAACAGCCACAACAACAACAAUAAGCGCUGUUGUUGUAACGCCCACUUGUGUUGCACACAUUGAGGAUGAGGGCGGAGGAGAUGAAAGUGACGGCGCUGCAGCGGACGACGAUGACGGUGACGGUGACUGCGACUGCGCUGCUGCAGCAAUCGCAGGCCUAGAGACCAGUGAUAAGCUAAAUGGCAUCGACGUCGGCGCUGCUGCUGCCUACACGCUGACUGCGCUGCAGCCGCUCAAUUGCGACUUGGCGGCUGCCGCAGCUGCUGCCUCAGCACUCUCGCCCACCGACGCGGCCAUUGGCGGCCUCAGCUCCAGUCGCACCUCCAUGAACAACUCCACAGAGAAUCUGAGCUAUGCCAGCGACAAUUACUACGCCGACGAUCUCAUACUACUCGACGACGAUGACGAUGUGGAUGCCGAAGAGAUAUCCCUCAAUUCCGACGACUGUGUCUAUGCGUAUCGCGGCGAUGCCGCUGACUUCGACAUGGCUGCAUUGGAUGCCAGCACCGGACGUGGUGGACGUAAUUUGGACUUUAGUUUGGUUCGCGAUGAUGAGACGGACUUUCUGGAAAUGGAUUUCGAACCAGAUCCGUCGUCAGAGCUGGAAUUUGCGGCCAACGCAGCACAGGAGGCAGCUGCUGCCGCGGGACAUGCUAAUCUUCUGCUGAUGCAGCGCGAUUACAGUCAGUUGCAGAGUGGAAGGCACAUGGGCACGCCCACACAGACACGCCAGCUGUACAGUUCGCCCAUUGAGGAGCUGGCGCUACCGCUGGCGCUGGCGCCGCCACAGGAGGCACUUCAGCGUUUGAGCAAGAAAUUCGCGCGCAUCAGUCUCAACUUGGAUCAGAUCAAAACGGAUGCAGAUGCUGGCUCCGAUGUGGAUGUGGAUGAGCUGUUGUGUGGUGUCAAGGAUGAUGAAGAUUAUGCAGAUGUUGCCGCUCCAGAUGCCACAACGCUCGCACACUCGCUACCCAGCACACUUGUCUAUACCAGCUUCAGUCGGAGCACCAGCGUGCCCAGUGAACAUGCCCAUGCAACCGAAGAAACGUGCAACUCUAAGCUGACGGGUGCCAAGCCAAAACGCCUGAGUACGCUCUCCAACUCCUCAUCGUUAGUAUCCGCCGGCAAGAGCUGUGCAUCCUCUUCCAAGUCACGUCGCUCACAGCCCAGCUUCGAUGAACGUUGCUACAGCUGCACAGAUUUCCGUGCUGUCUCCCUGCAGCAGCAGCAGCAACAACAACAACAUCAAUCCGAUGUGGCGCCCAUGCUUGUGGCAGCAGCGGCCGUUGUGGCCGCCAGUGCAGCCAUGGCCAGCAACUCGACCCAGUUUGAUUUGGGCAACGGCGAGGAGACCUGCUUGGACUGUCUGGAAAAGGAGUUCCUGGCCAACACCAUUGGCAAGGCCCUCGAUCUGAGCAGCUGCUCCAAAUGCCGCAGACGCUUCGGCAGCCGUGGCAGCAGUCUUUCUCUCUACGCCCGUGCCGAGCAGACGCGUUGUCGCAGCGGCUCUCCGGGAUAUUUGGAUGAGUUUGGCGGCCUGUUCAGUUGGCACAAUCCGCCGGGUGGCGCCGGCGACAUGGGUCAUUACAACCAAAGGUUUAUUUCGUGUGAUAAUAAUUUUGGCGGCGUGCAGCUGCCCAAGCAAAGCUUUUCGACUGAACCACUGGUGGUGCGCCUGUCCACGGCGCAACUGAGUGAGGAUCAUCUGGUGCAGGCGCUGGACAAACUUCACGUUUCCUACAAUGCAUCCCUGCUGCAUGGCUACUUUGAGCAGCUGGCAGCGCAGCCGCAACAGGACGCGGAUGUUGGCAAUUUGAAGCAGCUGCUGUUGCAUGUCUCCCAGCGACAGUGUAAUCAUCGCAAGCUCAAGAAACUGAUCGAGUUGAUCACUCAGCAGCAGCAACAGGAGCCUCCACAUCAACAGCAGCAACAACAACAACAACAACUCAAUGUGCAAUUCAAGCGGAGCAACGCUGGAAAUGCUGAGUUGGUGCCAGUCAAGGUAACUGAAAUUCUGGCGGCUUGGAAACGCCAUCCCGAUCUCUACGUGCUGCGGCAAUUGGAUGCACGUUUCCAUCGCGCCAAUGUUCUGGGUAAAAUUGGACAUAUUGUGCGGCAGGCCCAACAGCAACAACAACCGGCAUCAGCAGCAUCAACUUCAAUCUCAUCAACGCGACUCGCGCUGCCCGAGUUUAUAAUGAUACCACAGUAUUAUGCUUGUGGUGAAUUAACAUUGACGCGAAAAUGUUAGAAGCUGCCACACACACACAUGCACAAACGUACACACACACACACACACACACAUUCACACAUUCACACAUACAAACUCGAGCACACCACAACAAAUGUUUAUGCGUGGUUGCGUUUUGUCGAUUUAUUUAAAUUGAGAGAUUAAUUGAGAAUGCAAAUUUGCAAUUGCUAGCGAUCUGUUCCCGUUUUCGUUUUCGACCAAAGACGUGAUUUUAAUAAAUUGUGUUAAAUAUAAAUAAAUAGUAAAAAUAUGUAAACUGAUAACAUUAGCUUGUUAAAUAGGUGUGUAUUACAUUCAAGCCAAUUCUGUCAAUGAAAUUAUGCGUUUUAAAACAAUUAUGCAUAAUGUCACCUAGCUGUCAUAUAGUUUAAGAUAUAUUUAAUCACAUUACAUAUAUUAUUCUUCCGAUAAAUGUUAUAUUGUUUACUGUUGGUUUUAACGCUUCCAAAAAGUUUAAGCGGAAUUGGUUUGAAUAUCGCAUAUCGGCUGAAAAAAACCAAAAUAAAUAGCUUCAGCAAAUGUUAUCAGUUAAAAAUUAAAACUUAAAACAGUUAAGAUUUAUUUCAAUUUUUACAAUUUACAGUUUUUAACAUUAUUGGUUUAAAUAUCGUUUACUUUUUUUUUAUUUAAUUACAAUUUGUUGCAUGAAAUUUUGGGAAAAUUGUUGAUAAAUAAUGGAACAGAACAGAGCACAUAUUCUAAUUGCAUUUGAAUGCCGAAGCUGCCUAUUUACAAAUUUACAAUUCACGCUAAUUGACCACGCAUAAACCUUUAAAAUAGUUUUAUCACCGAUGUAUUGGGAGGUUUUUUUGGGGGAUAAAUUGCGGUGUCUCGUCGCUAAAGUUAAGCGCGUAUUUUAUGUAUGUGUUAUAACGUUAUUCACAAUAACCGUUAAUCGAUUUGCAAUAUUUAUAUAGAACCAUAUAUGUGUGUCAGCCACGCCCACACAUAACGUAUAUCACAAUAUAAAGUAUGCAUAUAUUAAAUAUAUAUAUAUGUAUACAUAUGUAUGUAUAGCGUAUAUAGCUUAGCUUGUAUACUAAAAUAAAACUAAAAUACACUAUAAACUGUAAGUAGCCAAGUAAAUUCGCACACACGAACAAACAUUCAACGCUUACACGGCGAACUAAUCGUGAUAUUGAAAUAUAUACAUAUAACAUAUGAUCAGUAACUACAAGAUUUUAUGGUAAAUAUUUACAACAGGUGGAUAAGUCAAACAUUUGCGAAGAAAAUACUUGAUUGGAAGGGAUUUUAAUUCAUAUUAACCAAAUUAAAAUAAGAAAUCUUUGCAUCGUUUAAAAAUUCGAGCAGAUUACUAGGUCGCUUAGGCACACAAUGGAUUCCGACUGGGUGGUCUGGAAAAGCUUUGACGAAGUGAAAUUGAGCUCUUUAUUUUAGGUACUUAUUUCAAAACAUUUGUGUUAGCACAAAAUUUUGAUUCGGAAAAAUGAAAUCAACAAAAUUCAUUGAAAAAGAGAAUUAUGAAAGACCCGAAUACGUUUCCAAACUACUAUGUUUUUUCCAUGCAUUUUUGAGUAUAUUGACGUAUUGUAAACAUUUACCGACUUCGUUACCUUAAUUAAAUUAUGAUAACUUAUUUAAAGUCACGAUUAGAUGCUGUCGUGUAAACAAACUUAUAAUAAAUAAUCACAAACGCACACACACACACACACAUGCUCAUUACAUUUCGUGACGAGGACGCAUCUCAGCUCUCAGUCCAAUCCAAAAAACUAUGGACUCCAUUUCCUACUCCGCAAAAAUAAUGCAACGGUGAGAAUAAUGUUUUGUUUUAAUAAAAUUACGCUUUAUUAAUAUUAA